AAGGCGAUUAUAUGAUGUGUCAUAUGCCAAUUUGGCAGUGUCCCAAAAACACUUUAGCCAUCAUCCCUUCCAGCAGGAAUUCCUUCCAAAAUCUUAUCCUCUCAGGCAGACAGAAAGAAAGAGAGUAACGGAAAAUUCAUACUUGGAAAUAAAUUUAAAUGAUAUGUAUGGUAAUAAAAUUUCUCUGUCAGCACCAUUCAUUGCUCCCUUACAACCUCUUGAUUUUUGCAGAUACCCCUCGUGUGCGUCCCUCUCUUCUCCAUUAAUACCCCAACCCAACACAACCCACCAAAGCUUCUUUCCUUUACUUGAAGAACUUAAGCUUUGCAUGUCUAUAAUAAAUAAAUAAAUAUUCACAGAGUUACUUCCAUGGCGGAUCUUCUUCAUGGUAUGUUUUACUCUGUUAUUAUUUCAGUUGUAAUAUUUUUCUUUAUAUUCCGUUCAUCCCGGAACCGGCGUCUCCGGUUACCGCCGGGGAGUCUGGGUCUGCCCUUUCUGGGAGAGACUUUACAGCUGAUUGCGGCGUACAAAACUGAAAACCCUGAGCCGUUCAUUGACGAGAGGGUGAGCCGGUUCGGCUCUAUAUUCACCACCCAUGUUUUCGGCGAACCGACGGUGUUCUCCGCCGACCCAGAAGCGAAUCGCUUCAUAUUGCAGAACGAAGGGAGGCUAUUUGAGUGUAGCUACCCGAGUUCCAUAUCGAACCUUUUGGGAAAGCAUUCUCUUUUGUUGAUGAAAGGGAGUCUCCACAAGAGAAUGCAUUCUCUAACUAUGAGCUUCGCUAAUUCCUCCAUCAUAAAAGACCAUCUUCUAGUCGACAUCGACCGCCUAGUCCGCCUCAAUAUGGCCUCCUGGUCCGACCGCAUCCUGCUCAUGGAAGAAGCCAAAAAGAUAACAUUUGAGUUAACAGUGAAGCAACUAAUGAGUUUUGAUCCCGGAGAAUGGACGGAGAGUCUGAGAAAAGAAUACGUUCUGGUUAUUGAAGGCUUCUUCACGGUCCCUUUGCCGAUUUUAUCCACCACCUAUCGGAGAGCCAUUCAAGCGAGGAGGAAGGUGGCGGAGGCGUUGAGUUUGAUAGUUAGGGAAAGGCGUAAAGAGAGUGAAGGGGGUGAGAGAAAGAGUGACAUGUUGGGUGCCCUUUUGGCCGGCGACGAUGGCUUUUCCGACGAGGAAAUUGUGGAUUUCUUAUUGGCUUUAUUGGUCGCUGGCUAUGAAACAACCUCCACUAUUAUGACUCUUGCUGUCAAGUUCCUCACUGAGACCCCUCUUGCAUUGGCUCAACUAAAGGAGGAGCAUGAGGGGAUCAGAGGAAAGAAGAAAAAAGGAGAAGGUCUUGAAUGGAGUGAUUAUAAAUCAAUGCCAUUUACUCACUGUGUUGUUAAUGAGACACUGAGAUUGGCUAACAUAAUCAGUGGAAUAUUUAGAAGAGCAAUGACUGAUGUUGAUAUUAAAGGUUACACAAUUCCAAAAGGAUGGAAAGUUUUCGCGUCAUUUAGAGCAGUACAUUUAGAUCAUGAUCAUUUUAAAGAUGCUCGCUCUUUCAAUCCAUGGAGAUGGCAGAGUGAUUCAGCAGCAACAAAUGGGGUGAAUGUGUUCACCCCAUUUGGAGGAGGGCCACGACGGUGCCCUGGUUAUGAACUUGCCAGAGUUGAGCUCUCUGUUUUUCUUCAUCACUUAGUUACUUGUUUCAGUUGGGCUCCAGCUGAAGAGGACAAGAUAGUUUUCUUUCCAACAACUAGAACGCAGAAGAGAUAUCCAAUUAUUCUGACACCUCGAAAUGUAGAAGAAGAAGAGUAAUUAUGUUUUUAUGUUGGAUUUAAUAAAUAUAAUCAUAUUGACUAUAAAUUAUUAUGAUUAUUAUUAUUAAUAAAGGUCAAUAGGUACCAUUAAAACCUGUUAUCUCCCUGGACUAA